UGCUCCCAGGGCCCGUGUCCAUGAUCUGGAAGGCAGAAAGAGAGAAGGGUAAAAUAUAACCCCACCACCACCACUUUUUCCUAAAACCACAGCAUACUUUUUAAUUAACAAACUCCAUUGAAUGGCUGAUGGCUUCUGGCUGGGGCGAAUGGGUCUGCCCUGUAAGUCAGAGUGGAUGCGACGCACCGAGCCACAGCCAUCUUGCCUAUAAAAGUAUAAAGACUGCGCUUUUCUGGGUACACUUGCAAGAUCCUGGUAGGAGAAGCACAAAUUUGUUUUAUAAGCUAAUCAGAAUCCUGCUGUUCAAUAAUGAGUGAGUAAUUGACAUAUCGCGGCACCGCCAUGCGACACAAUGGCUGGGGAUGCUGCAAUGCUGACGAUUCCAACGCCAGCACCCUUGGCCUCAGAAUACCUUUCUCUUAAAAAUGCUCCGCGGAUGGCAACCUCACAUCUUCCCAUUUUACUUAACAGCCCCUUUUAAAACAAAGGCAACUGUGGUUUUAAGAUCCCAGCUCCCGGGGUGGGCAGAAAACAAACACACACCGCGCGCCCGCUGCCACUCUCCCUGCUGGCUCCAUUCUUGGGAACCAGCAGGGGAUGGAGAUUGCAAACCUCCUGCUUUCUGCAGGGCUGGGAGUCCUGUCACCUCCAAUCCCCGUCUCUCCUUGUGACAGCAUUCCCAGCAGCCGGGUGCUUUGUUUGGAGAGGGUUGGAUUUUUAAUACGUACAUUGUCUAUUUAUGCUGCUUUAUCCUCUGCCGUUCCUUAUCCUGCUCUAUGCCAAGCCAACCCUUCCUCUCCUUCCCAUUGAUGCCCAAAGACGAGGGUCAUCAAAUCACAGAGUGAUGGAGUUGGAAGGGACCCCAAAGAUGGGAGGAUCACAGAACAGUUGGGCUGGAGGGGGCCCCAAAGAGCAUCCAGUUCCAACCCAUCAGGGUGGGCUGGAGGCCCCUGCCCAGCAGUUCUGCCUUCACAUCCAGGAGCUCAGGGCUGGAGCUCUCCUCUCCGAGACAGAAAAGCAAUCUCCAUUGUAAAUUUCUGCAGGAGCAGAGCGAGUGCCAGCCAGCUCAUCUGAAAUAGAUGCAGUGCUUAAUUGUCCUUUCCUUUUAAAAAUGGGUGCCUUAUUUCCACUUCAAAUGAAGAAAGGAAGUAAUGUUUUGCCAUAUCUCCAAAUGAGCAGCAUCUGAUCAACCCACGGCUUUCAAAUGAAAUCUUCUGGUGGGGGCUGGUUUCUUCAUUUUCUUUUUCAGUUUUAUAUGUGCACUUCAUUGAGGUGUGUUUGGGGAAGAGGGAAAUUGGUCAGUGUGGGCCUGCUGGGCACAUUAAUGGUGGAGCCUCGUGGCUGCUGGGAAUGUCUGCUGAGUUGAGGGGCUGCUGUGGCUUGGAGGAGGAAAACCUGGGUUUGGAAGAGCUGUGUGCAGGCACGUGGCCUUCCUGCAGUGGGAGAGCACCCAGGUCAGGAGGUGGCUGUGAGCUGUCCUGCAGGGGUGACAGGGGGAGGGAUCACUGGGUCAGGUUGCAAGAGUGUCUCCAAUUAUCCCAGCUCCCCAGUGGCCCUUAAUUGACCCCCCAGGCUUCCUCCUCAUCCCUCUUCCUUCCUGCCAUGGGAUCCAGUGCAUCCCCCAAAGCUCUCCCAGCAGCUGCUGGGGACCAGUGACAGUAACCCAGAGUUACUCCUAAAUCCAGGUACCCCCUGACAGCAGCCUUGUCCCUCUGCACUGGGCACAGAGCCCUCAAAGCCCCAGAGCUCUGUGAGGGCCGAUGCCCCAGUGAAGACAUGGGGAAACUGAGGCAAAGAGGGAUAUAGGGGCUCUCAGAACAUCAUUGCAGGACACAGGGAGUCCCAUAUGGAGGGACCUGACCCACUGUGGGGCCAGCCAGCCUGGCCUGUCCCUUUUAAGCCUUCGUAGCUGUUUCCAGCCUGGCUUAGUGGGGUCCCCAUCCUUUCAACUGGCUGUUCAGCAAAUUAAGAGCUUGCUAUUAGGCUGCUAAUUAAAGGCACUUCAUUAGCAGCAGGGGAGGCAGCUCCUGGCCGCAGCAAAAUUGGAUUCCUCUGAGCUGCCAUGAGCCGCAUCUCUACUCUCUAGGGCUGGGGGCUGCACCCUGGGGCUGGGGACUCUGCCACUCCGGUCCCUACAAGGGCAGAUGCUCCCAUUCAUCAGGACAUGUGGGUCACCAGCCCUCCUACCCCCAUCACAUCGGAUGGGGAAUAGCUGCCCCACAGCCUGAUGUGAUGGUGGGGGGCUGAUAGGGGAGCUGGGAGAUGUGAGCACCCCCUUCAUCCCUCUGCCUUCAGUCCCGAGGAGCCCCAUUGAGGCGGGGAGGGCCCCGGACUCCUCCUCCUCCGCCUGCUCUGGAGCCUCCAAUGAGCCCUGGGGACAACACCCAGGCUGCCUUCCCUUCUUUUUCUUCCCUCUUUCCAUCUGAAAAUGGGAGAGAAGAGCCAGGCACGGGGUCUGCCUUCCUCCCCUCAUCCUCAUCCUCAGACUGACCAGAAGGGGACCCCGCAGCCCAGCAGGGACACCAGUGGGCGCCUCACCUGCCCCCUGAUCUCUGUCACCCUCCUGGUGUCCUUCGGCUCCUCCAUGCUCUAUGGCUACAACCUGGCUGUGGUGAACUCACCGGCAGUGCACAUAAAGGCCUUCUACAAUGCCACGUGGUCCCAGCGCUAUGGGCAUGGGCUGCCCCCUGGGCCCCUCACCCUCCUCUACUCUCUGACCGUCUCCAUCUUCGCCCUGGGCGGGCUGGGGGGCUCUUUGCUGGUGGGGACACUGGUGGCACGCUAUGGCAGGCAUGGCACACUGGGACGCAGCGCUCUGCUCGUCCUCCUGGCUGGUGGACUUAUGGCCUUCAGCCGAUACCUGGCAGCCCCCGAGAUGGUGAUCAUUGGCCGUGCCAUCACCGGGCUGCACUCAGGUAUCUGUCUCAGCGUGGUGCCCCUCUACCUGGGAGAAAUUGCCCCCAAGAACCUGCGGGGCUUCCUGGGCCUCCUGCCCAGCAUCUUCAUCUGCCUGGGGGUGUUCUGUGCACAGGUGCUGGGGCUGCCCGAGCUGCUGGGCCAGGACAGGUACUGGCCCCUGUUCCUCGCUGUGGUGGCCAUCCCUGCCUCCCUCCAGCUCCUGCUGCUGCGCUGCUUCCCCGAGAGCCCACGGUUCCUGCUGAUAGAGAGGAACGAUGUCUGUGCGGCCACUGAGGCGCUGCGCCGGUUCCUGGGGACUUCUGACGUGCAGGAGGUGCUGGAGGAGAUGAAGGAGGAGCAGCAGUCCCUCUCCUCGGUGCAGACAGUCUCUGUCUGGCAGUUGCUGCAGGAGCGCUCGGUGCGCUGGCAGACCCUCUCGGUGGCAGUGGUGAAUGUGGGCAUGCAGCUCUCAGGGAUCGAUGCCAUCUGGUUUUACACCAACACCAUCUUCCAGAACGCGGGGAUCCCUGAAUCCCAGAUCCCAUAUACCACUGUGGGCACCAGUGCCAUUGAAGUUGUUGCGGGGCUGAUUGGGUGCUUCACUAUUGAGAAGCUGGGCCGGCGGCCCCUCAUCAUCACUGGGUUCUGUGCCAUGGGCACUUGCCUGGCAGGCAUCACCGGCUGCCUGCUGCUUCAGGCUGCCCUGCCCUGGAUGCGCUACGUCGCCGUUGCCUGCGUGGUGGGCAUCAUCGCUGGGUUCUGCAUGGGGCCAGCUGGUGUCCCCUUUCUGAUGACGGCCGAGCUCUUCACGCAGUCCCACCGCUCAGCUGCCUACGUGCUGGGGGGGUCUCUCAAUUGGCUCUGCAACUUCACCAUCGGCUUCAUCUUCCCUUUCCUGCAGAUAUCAACUGGUGCCUUUUCCUACUUGGUUUUCUGUGGGGUCUGCCUGCUGGUGGCCCUCUAUGUCUACCUCAUCAUCCCUGAGACCAAGAACAAAACCUUCAUGGAGAUCAGCUGUGUCUUUUCUGCCCGCCAGCCCCUUUCCCCUCUGUGCCAUGCAGGGAUGCUGAGGCUCCGUGGCCUGAUGAUGUGCAUGGGAACAGCGACUGGUCCAUAUGGAUCCCUACUGCCUGGUCCUAACACAACAGAAGCAGAGAUCACGGCCCCAUAGCAUCCUCCACGUCCCCCUCCUGACUCGGCUGCUCUCGGCAGCAGAACAGAGCGGUAAAUAUGUGCAGCAUUACAUAUGUAUAAUGGAGUGUAAAUAACCCCAAAAAGUGCAUUGUAAAUAGACUCCAAGUUUAUCCUUUAUUAAUGAGGCACUGAGUGCCCUGCUGUUUUAGAGCAGCGAGACUUUCAUAAUAUCAAAACCUAAAUUACACUUGUGUCUCUCAUUCCCAGCAAACGACAGCAUCAUUUCAGGCCUCUUUGCCACUGGUAUUUAUUUAUUCUGGUAUUUAUUUAUCUCUCCCACCCGCUGUGCUGGGCAGCCUGGGAGAUGCCCUGUGCCCUCCCCAUGGGAAGCAGUGACCCCUCGACCCCUGCAUGCUGGUGUGAGCCCUGCUGUUGCCUUAUGGAAUCAUUAAGGUUGGAAAAGACCUUGAACAUUGAGUCCAACCAUCCUCCUACCACCAAUGCUGGCCCACUAAACUGGGGCCAAGGCACAGCUUGCCCAGAGAGUGGGUGGGUGGGGACAGCCACCUCCUUUGAGACACCGUGCAAGGUCAGGCUGGAGGGGCUCUGAGCACCUGAUGGAGCUGUAGGUGUCCCUGUUCAGUGCAGGGAAAUGGGACCAGAUGGCCUUAAAGUGUUCCUUCAGCUCAAACGAUUUGAUAGUCGUACAGUCCCCACAGGCUGAGAGAAGUACAGGGCUCCAGCACUGCCCAAACCAAUGAAAGGGUUCAGCUGUACUCAGAGGGCACCGAGGAUGAGGGGAUGACAUGGUGAUGGUGAGGGGAAGGCUUUGAAAAUAGCAGAGGUGUUAUAAAGGGGUGACUUUGGUACCAUGAGGCACUCACGGCCUUGGUAGGAUCUGUGGAAGCACAGAUGGAGAUGAUUGUCUCCAGGUGCCUUCCUAAGGUGAGCCCAGUGCUGAGGGAGGGGGCGGUGGGUGGAGAGGGGAGCAGGGAUUUGGGUCAUUCCAAACCAUAAGGCAUUUCCUCGGAUCCGGCACUCCCCAACCUAACCAACACAACAAAUAGUCUUUAAAGGAUGAGCUAUUCAGAAUAUAUAUAUAUAUAUAGAAGCGUGCAUCCCUACAAGAAGAGAAGGAAGGGUCCCGUAUCUGCGGUGCGGGUCGGUGCCGGGGUGCGGGGUGCGCGCCAGCAGAUGGCACUGCCGGGAUUUAUGGCUGCAGCGAGCUGCCUCUCGGAGAGCACUCAUGUAGGAGAUGUCCUAUUAUAUGGGCAGUUGACUUUAAUAGUCAUUGUGUGCUUAAAGCACAGCAAAACAACAGUGGGAAAAAGAAGAAAAGACCAAAAAAAAAAAAAAGGAAAAAAAGAAAAGAAAUCCAGAAAUCCCCCCUUCCUUAUGGCCGGCCCUUCCCCCCCCAGCCCUGCUAAGUCUAUUUGUACAGUAAAUUAAAAAUAUGAAUCACUUCUCUCUACUGCCUCCCCAAACACUCAUCCUGUCAGGCGCUGUGUUGUCUUCAUUUGUAUUACCUUAAUUUAAUGUUAAUUAUGUUCUUCAUUUACAAAGAACACGCGUCCGCUCGCCCCGCCGGGGGAUUUUCCACGCUCGCGCUCUCCGAGGAGCAGGAGAUGCUGGGGCUGGGCUGGCAGGGAUGCUCUGUGCCCACAGCCCUUGUGCUGCUAUUGCCUCUCGAUUUAUGGAAGCUCACGGC